CAAAGAAGGAAGAUCCUACAUUUAGACGGAGUUGCCAUAUGCUACUAAAGAAUAUAAGGAUGGAGAACCUGUUUUGUCCUGUUGUCCUGUUACUGGGUGUUUUCAUAAUGUUGCCUGCUGCAGGAGGUGCUGAGAUUGCCUUCAAUGAGAUGACAGCAAACUCAUCCAAACCGGUAUUGAACUUGGCCUCUUAUGCCCUUGAUGAUAAGUACAAGGGUUGUAUGAAUGCCAUGAAGAGCAAUCUCAAAUCUCUCCUUAAGAUGGAGCUGGCAACAUCCCAAACAUAUAAAGCUACAUGGGAAGAAGCCUUGAAAGAAUGGAAGAAGGAGAAGGAUUCAAAAUCAUUGCCUCGGAAUAUAACAGAUUUUGCUGAAGUAGCUAUCUUGACAUAUACAUCCGAAGUCCCUAAAAUCUACAAAGAAUUCAAUACUGCCACACAAACAGCAGGAAAAGGCCCCAAAGAAUAUGAGGCCUACCCUUUCAAAUCCCUUCAUUUCCUUUUAACAUGGGCAGCCAAAGCAUUCCAGUCAAUGCAGCCCAAAUGCAUCAACGUCUACAGAGGCACUAAUGUGAAGUUCUCCAUCAAGAAGAUGUUCCGGUUUGGACAGUUCACCUCCACUUCAGAGGACAAAAAGGUGGCUAGUCGUUUUGGGAAGGCAACCUUCUUCGAGUUGUUCACCUGCAAGGGCUAUUCAAUAAAUGAGAGAUCAAUGUUUAAAUAUGAAGAUGAAGUGUUAAUCCCUCCUUAUGAGCUAUUCCAGGUUGUCUCAGUUAACAACACUGAAAAGGGCAAGACGAUAAAGGUCAAGUCCAGAGGAAGUUGCAGUAAUCACAACUGUGCUUUUGUGGGUAAAGGGUGGAAUGGUACCACGACUUGCCCUGAUCACCAAGUGCUGUAUCUGUAAGCCUUUCUCCACCCACUCAUCAGGGGAGAGGAAAGCCUACUGAGAAAAUACAUUAUUCAAGCAUGCCUGCGGCCGUUCUGUUGAACAUGUUUUUAAAAGGAUCUCAGAAAAGAAACAAGAAAAAGUUUCCUAUACAUAGGAACUGUUAGCUUUCAGUUUUUCCUAAGAAUUUACUGUUCCCUUAUUCAACAUUUUAUUUUGCUGCCGUUGUUUUCUUCCUUCCCUCCAAGUGGAUAUUUUUUGCGUGUGUUUUCUAUAUCUUGUGCGUAUCAAGCUUAAUUGGGUGCUUAUUUUUGUAUGCAAUUCAAGAAAAAUUAAAGAGGAUGUACAUCAA